GACAGUUUCAAGGAUCAUAUCUCGGAAUGUGGGGAGGUAAUAAAUGGACAUCACAACAGACAGUUACAUAAUGAUAAUGACGACAAUGACCGACAUGAAUAACGAAAUCCUGCACGCCAACCGUUUCGCCUCAGAAGUAGCAAUUAAUGCUGUCGCUCCUUCGACAUUUCUCAUUCUGAACCUUUGUUCACCGGCGCAUCUCAUCCUUCCCGGGUUUCACCAUAUGGCGUGCACACAUGUGGAUAGAUGGAUCUAAUGGUUCCCAGCUCACCGGCGAGCAUUUGACGUUUGUGCCAAAAUUCUCUCAUCGCAUUGUUUGAAUUCCUUCGGUUUCUUACAGCCGCAAGUAUACAUUUGGUAAUAUUGCUUACACAUUCUUAAACUGGAGAUUUCGAUCGAGCCAGCUCGGGGGAGAAACGGCUUUUAACUAGAAUAUCGAAGACGUAGAGGUAUAUUUGGCCCGAAAGAGUAUUUUGACAGUGUAGCAGAGGCGACAUGGCUUUUAUAGAUAGUAGCCCUGCUCCAGAGGAGAAAGCUCCAAAG